AUGCUAUCGAACGCUUGCUUCUUUCACGAGGUGCCUGAAGAUCUUCUGUUUAAGAUAUUCCUAAACGCCAAUGGAAUGAGUGUUUCGACAAUCCAACGUAUACCUUCUGUCGAGACGACGAGUAUUAGCCAGAAUCUCCGACCUCGACGAUCUACAGGAAUCAGUCGUUCCGACUUCGUCAAGUCGUUGAUGAGCGCCGAAAAAGAAAAGGUUUCAGGCGUCGCAUCGCAUCGAAUCGACCAUCAUAAGCUCGUAGCCUUAUCUCUCAGUGGACGUGGCGUCGUCACACAGAUGGUCAAUCGAAUGGAGAAAAAAGUUGCUCCCACCGCGACGAAAACGAAGACCGCUAAUAGCGGCAAUCAAACGCCCGCUCGCAAGCCGCCAUUGGCCGAGGAAGAGAAAGUGCACAUUGAGGUGGUCGAGGUACCCCCUACUGAAAACCUUCCUCAGCCAAUCAAAAAGAAGCAAAAGCGAAACUAUAUUGGCAGUCUUACGAGCACCAAGUUUUUGCACAAUAUCUUUUCGCAAAGUACGAAAGACGAGGAGAAGAAGAAGAAAGGAGAUUCCUCGCCGACCAUCCUCAUCAACGACGAAGAUCCACAUAAGGCGCGAAUGGUGGCUAUUUCUGGAGCUGCAUCUCGGGUACCACUCCUUCUACGUGAAAAGCCUUCGCCAAGUUCAUACGAGAGCAAGUUAAAGCGAACGUUGACAGAAGCCUCGCCGGAUAUCGAGCUACCUUUGGGAGGUCCGCUGAGAAAAAGGCUUUCUGAGGGCGCCACGGCUGUGCUCACAAGCUCUUUGCAGCAAUUGAAGAAAAACUCGAAGCGGCUGUCCAUUGUCGACGGAGACAAGAUCUUCGGAGGGCUUAUGAAAUUGACAAAGGGCUUGGGCGGUGGCGGAGGAGGAGGUGGAGGAGGAGCGACGCGAACAUCCUGCGUAGAACGUCGCGAGUCGGACAAGACUACGCGGAAAUCAGCGUCAAAUCGGAUGACCAAAAGUUGUCAUAUCCCGGCGCCCUCGCUUUUGUCUCCCAACCUCGACUUUGCCGCUGAAUACACGUUGCGUCCGCUUGAGCCCAGACGCACCGACAGACCCAUCCCUUCGCUGGUGCUGCAAAGACGAGCAACGCCGCCGAAAGAGCUCGAAGAAACUCUAGUCGACGGCGCGGACGAAAAUUGGCUUGCUAUUAACCGCAGAAGACCUUUGACUGUCGCAGGAGGACCUUUGAUGCGAAAUGAGCGGCGGAAGAUGUUGGGGUCGAGACCGAUGAGCAGGACUCUGACAGUGGCUUUGCCGCCUCAGACUCUCCCACCUCUGUAUGAACACGAUAAUGGCGACGACGCCACCUCGACGACGGCACGGGCAAACGAAGAACUUCAAAAGAAAGACAGAAGACAGUUGCGACGCUACGGCGGAAGCCACACGACCAGCACUUUUCAAGGCCGAAAAGACGCUGCACCUGAUGCGUCGCCACGACGACAUCUGAUCGGAUUUUUGCACAGAACUUCUCAUCUUUCACUCACGAGCGAGAUGAGCGGAAACGCUUCAUUUUACUUGAUUGGCGAGUUCCGAAAUUUUUUAAAAGUGAAAUAG